UACCUCCCCCCCCUUUUCCGCUGAUCCUCUUCCAUCUUUCUGCCUGACAGACGGAGGGACUCGGAGAAGCUGGCACAGCCUGGGUGAGCCUUGUGCCUGUCGGAUCUGGAGGCGUCCCUCCUCAUUUGCCAGCCUCUCCACUCCCAGCUGUGCAACAUGGAAGUCCCAACGGAGAAUCUGCCUGCGGGGACCUGGGCGAGGGGCCACGGCUGUCCCGGCCAGGAAGGGGGCCCUUGGGAGCCCCCUCUCAAUAGCCCCUUCUGGAGUCCCCCCCCCAUUUCAGCCUCCGCUGGGACGAGGCUAAGCUGUUUGGGGGGGCUUUGCCCUGGCCCCUGAGCAGCCCUCCCCUCUGACACCGCUGGGCAUCCCUCGACAGGGUUGCUACGGCAGGGUGGGGAAGACCGUUGCCAUGGCAGUGGGUGAGAAGGGCGAGUGAUGGCACCAGCCGCCAGUUGGCAGGUGUGGCUGCCCCAGGGGCACGGGCAGCGUGGAGAGGGAGCCGUAGCCAGGCGGGGGGGGGGCAUGGAAGCCGGUCUGGGAAUUUGGGAUUGCCGCCUCCCAGCCUCUCCAGAGCGGGCAGGCAGGGGGAGCAGCACCAGCCGCUCUCCUGACAUCCCCCCCCCCCCCCGCAGAUGCGGGCACAGAGCACGUUGGCAGGCCUUUCUGCAGCUUUGCCCACAAGGACCGGUCAGCUUGCUUCCAUUCUCCAAAGAUUAUCUGUGCACCCCGGAGGAGAACGUUUACAAGAUCGACUUCACCCGCUUUAAGAUUCGGGAUAUGGAAUCCGGCACGGUCCUCUUUGAGAUCACCAAGCCCCCCGCCUCAGAACGGGAGCGCAGCGAAAAGAAGGAGGCUGACCCAAAUGCCGGGCGGUUUGUGCGCUACCAGUUCACGCCGGCGUUUCUACGGUUGCGGCAGGUUGGAGCCACGGUGGAGUUCACUGUGGGGGAGAAGCCCAUCAGCAACUUCCGCAUGAUCGAGAGGCACUACUUCCGGGAUCAGCUGCUCAAGAGCUUCGACUUCCAGUUCGGCUUUUGCAUCCCCACCAGCAAGAACAGCUGUGAACACAUCUACGAGUUCCCGCCGCUCUCCGAGGACCUCAGAGAUGGUCCUGCACCCCUACGAGACCCAGUCGGACAGCUUCUACUUUGUGGACAACAAGCUGGUGAUGCACAACAAGGCCGACUACUCCUACAGCGGGGGGCCCUGAUCCGGCCCAGGCCCCCACCUUCGAUGGUGGUCGGGGAGGCCCAACUCACUGGCUGGCCGCAGAGGGGCGGCCGGACUGGACUCUGCACGGAACCGGCGUCUGAGACAGACCACCUGAAGCUUUUCCUUGACCCCCCCCCGGACUUUGGAGGCAGCGCCCCUCGUCCCCUGCCUUGGGGGGGAGACCAUGACCCCACCCUCCGUACCUGCUGGGCAAUUGAGGCUCUCGUAGUAGCUCCUGAUCUCCCUGUUGUUGGGGAACGGUCUUCCUUGAAGCCCCUCCCUUGCUUGGGGGGAACAGUCAUUUUGGUAGGCAUUCUACUCCCCCCUCCCCCAUCUAAGAAUGGGAUGCUGGAGAUCAGCAGGAAUCGUGGGAACUCCGGGAUGACCCCCCCCUCAUUCCCAGCUCAGAAUGUCCUUGGGCAAAGACCCCAGACCCAUUUCUUUUGCUCGCUAUUUUUGCUCCCCAGUCCUUCUCCAGGGGUGACCGAGGGCAGGGUGGGGGUGCCGGAGACUGUUGGGAGGGUCUCUCCUGGUGGACCCCCUUUGCCAUCUCCAUGGGAAAAGGGGAGGGGGGGAUCUGCUGCUGCAAAAGGACUCAUGAAACCAUGUUUGAUGUGUGUGGGGGGGUGAAUAGAAGACUUGCUUCCUCCAACGCUUGUCAUUGGACUUUCCCUCCCCACGGACCCUUGGGGACCCCCCAAAUAACUGCCCUGUGCUCUCUGGGCAUCCAUCUCUGCUUCCUCUAAUUCCUGGGGAGGGAUGGGGGGGCAUCUUUUUUAGAGAAAGAGGCGGGGUUCACCUCUCUAAGCCACUUGCAUCUGGGGAAGGGUCUUCACUGCCCCUCCAGGUUCCCGAAAGAGCUGCUUUGCCAGGGCAGGUAUCUGUGUGUGUUGGGGUGCUUCAGUUUAUGCCCUGCUGCGUUGUUGCGUUCCUUUGGGGAGUGUGUUGGGUGUUUGCAUGGUGUGAUGUAAAAAGUCCAUUUGGUGGGCACCGCGACGAGAUCGAGCCCAACGGGCGUAAAAACCACGCCUGGCUUUGACUGCACCCCCAAAGCGUGGUGUUUUUUUCACCAUACCUGCAGACACCCAUGAUGUGUGUGUGUGUGUGACAUCGUAUGACGUGAAAAAGGGCUCGCCACGUGCGCAUUACUUGUGAAAGCUGAGCUUUGUUCCUAGACCAGUGUUUCUCAACCUUGACAAUUUUAAGGCAUGUGGACUUCAACUCUCAGAAUUCCACAGCCAGCAACGCUGGCUGUGGAAUUCUGGGAGUUGAAGUCCACAUGCCUUAAAAUUGUCAAGGUUGAGAAACACUGUCCUAGACAGAGGCAACCUGUGAAUUGGGGGUGGGGAACCCCAAGAGGGAAAGGGCUGAGGGCCUCCUGGCUGCCACUUUAUUGGGGGGGGGCACUAAGAAACCCUCAGCUGGGCAAAGGAAGCCCUGUGCCCGCCUCAAAGAUCAGGGCUGGGAGCCUCUUGCGGUAGGCCUUGUCAAUAUUUGAGGAUGCCAUGUCCAACUUUUGUGAGAUGACCGUCACAGGCUGGCUGUGGGUCAGUCUUAAGCCCAGCUGGGAAACAUCCAUUAAGGUUCUCGGUCAUCCAGGCAGAGAUGACAAACGCACAGGAAGGACAGUUGCAGGAACUGGGUAUGUCUGAUUUCAUGAAAAAAAGGACCAGGGGGGACACGAUAACAUCUUCCAGUGUUUUGAGGGGCUGCCCCAAAGAAAAUAGGGUCAACUUGUUUUCCAGAGAAGC